UCUAUUGGACAUCACGUGCUUCUCACGUGAUAGAGAAGGGAAACUUUCUUUCGGGAAUUUUCACAUGCACCGUGCCACCUCAGUCCGUCGCGGCCGCUAAUACAGAAACCAUUGCGAGCUUCUCACCUGAUUCCCGCUGUUUGGUUCCCGAGAAAUCGAGGGCUGAAAAGCAAAACAAGAACGUUUAAUCACAUCCAUUUUUCUCUCUCUUUUUUUUUUCCUUUUUAUUUUGCAACACCAUAAAUUGAUCAAUGGAAGCUCCUGAAGAAACCACCUCAAAUAAAACACAAAGAUUAGCUGGAACUGUGAACUGGGGCACUGCGACAGUCAUUGGAGUGUUUGCAGGCAUGUUAUAUGGAGGUAGCAAGGAAGCGGCUGCUUCAGUUAGCAAAGAUGCAGAAGUAAUGUUGAAGCUUGGCAGCACUCCAGAUAAACGGGAACAAUAUCGGUUGAUGCGAGAUGCAAUGGAAAAAAGGUUUAUCCGAGUCACACGUGGCUCAAUAGUUGGUGGAGUUCGUCUUGGAAUGUUCACUGCUGCAUUCUGUGGUAUGCAAAAUUUGUUAGCUGAGAAACGGGGUGUCCAUGAUGUCUUCAAUGUUGCUGGAGCUGGUUCAGCCACUGCUGCAGCCUUUGGUCUAAUUAUGCCUGGGUCUCUUCAAUGGCGUGCAAGGAAUGUCGUGCUGGGUUCAGUUCUGGGAGCAGCUUUAUGUUUCCCUCUUGGUUGGAUCCAAUUGAAGCUUGUAGAGAAAGCAAAUGAAGGGAAUAUGGGUGCUAAAGAUUCAGGACAAAGGGGAGAAGCAAAGAGUGGUCUUGGGGCUGCCAUUGACAGGCUUGAAGAAAACUUGAAUAAAUAGAAACCAAAUAUUCUGAUGAGCAAACCUUCAUGUUUUUCAUGGGUGGAGAAGACUCCAGGACAACAGUGGCUUGGAACUGGAUGUAAACCUUUUGGCAUGUUUCUACUUCUUACUUCCUUUACCGGCCCUAGCUUUUGUUUAUUGGGGCAAACAUCUCAAGGUUUGCAUGGAUAGAGGGCUGAGGAGAAUGCAUUGUGGCUUUGCUUGAAGCUGGAUUUAUGCUUGAUAUGUACCUAGUACCUACUGCCCUUUUCUUCAAGUGGUCCUUGUUAGGGACCAAGAUCCUUCUUUCUUCACUGUUGGUUUUUUCCCUUUUGGGAUAUGGUAUCAGUUUCUAAGUUCUUACACAUUCAACCUUCUAUUUUACCUGUAAGAUUUUCUAUGAAAAAAUUACGAGUUAAAACUGCUAAUUCAUGUAAUUUAUUUUGAAUAAAAUGUAGGCUUUGGCCAUUGAGGCAUCAGAACACUCUGAAUAUCUCGAUGCACAGCUGAUCUCUUUUCUUCCUCA